AUGAUAAAUGACAUCAAAAUGUCAACAGAUGGAGCUCACCAGAAUCAUUACACAUUUCAAACAUCAUGCUUGAUGAGCUGGAGAAUAUGGAAAAACACAAUGUUCAGAAAACAUACAUUAUUUCUACAGAUUUCUUUGCGAUCAGUUUAUAGUUCUGAAAGUGAUGGAAAAUACACUAGGUCUUAUGCAGAUUGUCAAAGGAAACAGCAAUAUGAUGUUAGCUUUGGCCUCUUAGAUGAAAAAUUCCAUGAUCAAAUGAACUAUGACGCAUGGAAGAAGAAACCAUUUCAUGCAGAUGGCUGUCUUUCUCUUUUCCCAGAAGCUAAAAGAACUGUAGUAAACCCUGAAGACCCCUUUUUAGAUAACUUCAGGACUGGAACAAGCAUAGAUAAAAGCUUUGACUUUUCAGGUGGCUUCCAGAAUUCAGCACCAUUGACCUCAGAUUUCAGACAGUUAACAGCAGAAAGAGUGAAUUCUGCAACUAAUAGUAGUGCUAACUUUGAGACAACCAUUGAUCCUCAUGCUUGGUCUUUCACUGGAAAGGAAGAUAUGCAUGACAGCUUCAGUUUAUUCAGUGAAGAGUCAUGCUCAUCCACAGCGGUUGGAGAGGAAAGGAGUUAUGAAUUUGAAUCUCAGUCGAUUGGAAUUGGAAGUAGACACAGUAAUUUUAAUGAUUGGGAACAGUUCCAUAGUCCCUCCAAAAAAGUUCAGAAAUUUUCUGCCAAGAAAGCAAUUCACGCCGGUCUGGGUAAAGUUCGCCAGAAAAACAAUUUGGUUGGGUCGCAGCGAUCUGAGAAAGCGCAAAAUCAGGGGAGCCCAAAAGCAAGUCGUCAUUUGCAAGAACUCUCUAUUUUUCAGACGGUCUGGGAACCAGAAAGCAUUCCUCCAUUCGAGGAAGGAUUUACUUCAACUGAACUUGAUACCAGUUCUUUUAGCUGCAAGAGAAAGCCUGAGGGUGACCUCUUCAGCAUACCCACUCCCGAAGCCUUUUUUUCUACAGAAUUGAAUGGGAAAUCCAACUUUCCAGUUGACCACGGGGUUGAAGAAUCAGGACAACCAUCAUCAGGUUUUGAUUUUCACACGCAGAAACCGGGCAAACAUUUUAUGGAAGCGGAAGGCUAUUUUCUAAACAUAUCUCAUGCUGAUGGUUUCCAAUAUGAGCAACCAACGUACUAG